AGACAACAAACAACAGUUUACAAAAAUUAAUCGCAAUAAAAUGAUAUCUUUUGGUAAAAUAACGAAUAAAUUGUAAAAGUAUUAUCAUUGCGUUACGUUUUAAUUUUCAUACAAAAAUAGUAUUAUCGUGAAAAAGUGAUCUACAAUACUGUUUGGAUAACUGAAAUAUAUGGAUUAAAUAACAUUUUCUCCGAUUUUUAUGGAAUGGCCAAAUAUUUAUACGUAUGAAUACACCUGCCCCGGUAUAUCUUUCUAUUAGCCGAAUCAACGCAUUUGUAUCGAUAAUAUCAUGAGUGGAUUAUCGCCGAUAAGACAGAUAAGAAUAUAACUCGAGACAUUUUACAACUACUAAAAGUUUUUCGUAACAGAUGUUUAUGGUUUUUGACUAUCCUUAUCCAAUAUGGAUUCGUCAAAAAGAAAUGCCAAAGAAACGAAUCCCAGAAUCACAGCUUCCAUUUUUCGCCUUAUAACAUUUCUAUAUAACUUUCCUCUGUUUAAAAAAGCACGCAAAAAAGGACUUGAUGAUAGCGAUAUAUAUGAAAUACCCAAAUGGUUGGCAUCAGAACAGCUAGGAAAUAAUCUAGAAGAUGCUUGGAUGAGACAGCGGAAAAAGAAUGGAGAAGAUGCCUCCUUAGUAAAAAGCUUAAUCAGCUGCUUUGGUAUGCAGUAUUUAAUUCUGGGGUUAAUACAAUUGGUUGUGAAAACAGUUUUAGUGUUUAUUCAACCAAGAGCACUUAGUAAAGUGGUAGCGUACUAUGCUCCCAACCAAACAGAUGUGACAACAAAAGAUUUGUAUAUAUAUGCAUCGCUAGUUGUAGGUUUGAAUGUAUUUAGUGUUAUUUAUAACCACAAUUAUCAACAAUUUACCACAGAAGUGGGAAUAAGAGUGAGGACUUCUGUAGCCGCACUAGUUUACAGGAAAGCAGUUAAAUUGGGACCAAACGCUUGGAAUCAUGUAACUGUUGGAAAAAUCGUAACGUUGAUAACGAAAGAUGUGUUUGCAUUCGAAAUGGCUUUGAUAUUUGUAAACGAUAUGUGGAUCGGUGUCAUUCAAACAAUAAUCAUCACAGGCGUUAUAUUUAAUAGAAUACAAUGGUCUGUUUUCGGAGGAAUUGGAUUUUACAUGUUGACUAUUCCAUUACAGUUGUUUGUAGGAAAAGUAGUAAGUUCAAAAAGAGUCAAUUCUGCUAAAAGGACUGAUGAAAGACUGCAACUGACAACAGAAACUAUAAGAAAUAUAAAAACUAUUAAAAUGUACACCUGGGAAGACUUUUUCACGACAAAACUAAACGAAUUAAGAAAGUUAGAACUGCAAAACUUAUCUCCAGUCUUCUAUUUAAAAUCUUUGGUGCUAAUUGUUGGAUCCACGGCAACAAGUCUCUCCUUUUUCUUUAUGAUUAUGACGUAUAUAUGGUCUGGCCAUUUUACAGAUGCAGAGACAGUGUACUUUAUCCAGACGUGCUACCAAAGUCUAAAAUCGUUUAUAACAGUGUCUAUCCCAAUUGGUAUAGCUCAAUGUUCAGAUUUAAGAGCAUCCCUUAAAAGAUUGUCACACUUUUUGAAACUAGAGGAGGUUGUUGACAGACGAUCACACAGUAUAUCACCAAGAGUGUACAUGAAGCAUGUGAGUGUGAAAAUCGGCGAGAAAAAUAUUCUUAACGACAUCUCCUUUUCGGCCGAAAAAGGAGUUAAUCUCAUCACUGGAAACACUGGUAGUGGUAAAAGUUCAAUUAUUAAAGUUCUGCUGGGUGAAUAUCAAGUAAGUAGUGGGCAAAUGACAAUUGAUGGAACUAUUUCCUAUGCGUCAGAAGAACCCUGGCUUUUCCCGGCCACUUUACGACAGAACAUACUCUUUGGGGAACCGUAUGACGAAAAACGGUACAAUGAAGUACUGAAAUUGUGUGCUCUUAAUAUAGAUUUAAAAAAACUACCAAAUGGUGAUAAAACUAUAGUUGGAGAUAGAGGUAUUAACUUUAGUAAAGGCCAGCAAGCCAGAAUUAAUCUGGCAAGAGCCAUUUAUCGUGUUAGCGAUAUAUAUUUAAUAGACGAGUGUCUAGCUGGUCUAGACUCAAAAGUAAAUUAUUACAUAUUUAGGAAUUGUAUUAUGGAGUUUUUAAAAGAUAAAGUAGUUAUUAUGGUGUCCAACAACAUCAACCAUAUCAAAUUGUUGUACGGAAAUAAUACGCUAGUUGUUGAAGAUGGUCGAACGCUGUCUUUGGAAAAGCAAAAAGAAACUUUGGACAAAAGAAUUACUUAUUUUAUUGACGAUGUUGAAAUGAACUACUUUGAUGACGAUAUUGAUGUUACAGACGAAGAUAUACUUGAUGACGAUGCGAAUGAACGGACACAGCUAAUUGGGGUAGAUAAAAAUAAGGAAAACAAUUUGUAUCAUGAGGAAAAAAAAUCUGGCACUGUAAGCUUAAAGGUUUAUUUGAGAUAUUACAAAUACGCCGGUGGUAUUAUUAUGUUAAUUAUAUUAGCAAUUAUUUUUAUGGCGGCUCAAGCAGCUUUGACGUACUCAGAAAAACUUGUCAGCAAAUGGGUAAACCUGGAACCUAGUAUUACGAAUUUAACUUUCUCAAAUCAAACUGACACUGAAGAAUAUAUCAAUAUCAUAAAUAAAAGAGACAAUUAUCUUCUGAUGUAUACAUGUUUGAUAGUAGUGAUGGUAAUACUCACCUUUGCUAGAAUAUACAUGAACUUCUUCUUUGCUAUAAGAGCUUCUAGAAAUCUGCAUCGCAAAAUGUUGAAGUCCGUCGUAAAUGCUUUCAUGAGCUUUUUCGACAAGCACUUUGUGGGAAAUGUUGUAAACAGGUUUUCUAAAGAUCUGAUGACUAUGGAUGAAGUUAUUCCUUUGAAUACGUACGAAAUAUUUAGGCAAACUCUAACAUUUUUGGGAAUACUGUAUCUAAUUAUCUCCGUCAACAAAUUAUUUAUCUUUCCUUCAAUAUUUUUGCUUGUCAAGCUAUAUUUUAUACAGAAGUUUUAUCUACCAACGGGGAGAGGCAUAAAAAGACUGGAUGCGGCAACUAGAAGUCCAAUGAUUGGAUAUCUAAAUGCAACUCUUGAAGGCCUGACGGCAGUUCGAGCAUUCGAGAAGCAGCCAUUACUAAUUUCAGAAUUUGAUCAACACCUAGACCAUUAUACAUCGACUUCCUAUAUGAUGGCGUGCGCCAUUAGGUUCUACGGUUUUAUUAUGGAUAUGGUAUCAACUUCAUUUUUUGCCGCCAUAGUAAUAAAGUUUGUUUGUUUUGAUAGAGAUGCUAAAGCUGGUGACGUUGGGUUGGCAAUAACUCAAGCUAUGUUGCUUACGGGUCUUCUACAGUACGUUAUUAGGCAAUACACAGAAAUAGAAAAUAAUAUGACCGGUAUAGAAAGAGUUUUGGAAUAUACUGACAUUGAAUCUGAAGAUAAAUUGCAAGGACGUACAUUGACAAAUUGGCCAUCGUUUGGAGAAAUAAAGUACGAAAACGUGUCUUUAGUUUACAACACAUCGGAACAAAAAGUAUUAAAAAAUAUUAGUUUUACUAUUAAAAGCAAAGAAAAAAUUGGAAUCGUUGGACGUACAGGGGCUGGAAAAUCUUCUAUUAUUUCAGUAUUGUUCAGGCUUUAUAAUAUCGAGGGUCGUAUUUUAAUAGACAAUGAAGAUAUUAAGAAUUUAUGUUUGAAAUAUUUACGAUCCAGCAUAGGUAUUAUUCCACAAGAUCCUAUAUUAUUUUCAGGUUCGAUUAGAGCAAAUAUGGAUCCAUCAGGAACCCAUAAGGAUGAAGAAAUUUGGUCCGCAAUAGAGAAAGUCCAUUUAAAAAAUCUGUUUACCAGUUUGGAUGAUGUUAUUGUUGAAAAUGGUUCACGUUAUAGUUCUGGACAACGCCAACUGAUAUGCUUGGCCAGAUCGUUGGUCAGCAAAAAUAAAAUCAUUGUUUUGGAUGAAGCUACGUCCAACAUGGAUCCAGAUACUUGCAGUCUCUUGCAAACGACAAUUAAAACCCAUUUUUCACAAUGUACAGUGCUAACCAUUGCUCAUAAAUUACAGACUGUGUUGGAUUGUGAUAGGAUAAUGGUUGUUGAUCAUGGUGAAAUUAUAGAGUUUGAUACUCCACAAGCCUUGAGAACAAAACAAGGUGGUAUCUUUAACAAAAUGAUUGAACAUUCGGGAAUACAAGAUUAAACUAUAUUUUUUCUGUACAAGAUGCAAAUAAACUUUUUUAUUUAUUGU